AUGGGUAUCCUCGAGAGAAUCAAGGAGAUUGAGGCCGAGAUGGCUCGGACUCAGAAAAAUAAAGCAACAGAAUAUCAUCUUGGACAACUGAAGGCAAAGCUAGCAAAGUUAAGGACACAACUAUUAGAGCCUCCAAAGGGUUCCAGCGGAGGCGGAGAUGGUUUUGAAGUCACAAAGUUUGGGCAUGGUCGUGUUGCACUUAUUGGAUUUCCCAGUGUUGGAAAGUCAACUCUUUUAACGAUGUUGACUGGGACACAUUCUGAAGCUGCAUCAUAUGAGUUCACAACACUUACUUGCAUUCCUGGAAUUAUUCAUUACAAUGAUACCAAAAUCCAGCUUCUCGAUCUUCCUGGUAUCAUUGAAGGAGCCUCUGAAGGCAAGGGGCGCGGUAGGCAGGUUAUUGCUGUUGCAAAGUCAUCAGAUCUUGUGCUGAUGGUUCUGGAUGCCUCAAAGAGUGAAGGACAUCGCCAAAUAUUAACUAGAGAAUUGGAAGCUGUUGGACUCCGUCUUAACCAAAGGCCUCCCCAGAUAUACUUCAAAAGGAAGAAGACUGGCGGCAUUUCUUUCAAUACUACAGUGCCUUUGACUCAUAUUGAUGAGAAGCUCUGCUAUCAGAUUCUGCACGAGUACAAAAUUCACAAUGCUGAGGUGUUAUUCCGUGAAGAUGCUACUGUGGAUGAUCUCAUUGACGUUAUUGAAGGAAAUCGAAAGUACAUAAAAUGUGUUUACGUAUAUAACAAGAUUGAUGUUGUUGGUAUUGAUGAUGUGGAUAAGCUUGCUCGGCAACCAAAUUCACUAGUGAUCAGCUGCAAUUUGAAGCUGAACUUGGACAGGCUACUGGCAAGAAUGUGGGAUGAGAUGGGCCUAGUGAGGGUGUAUACAAAGCCACAGGGCCAGCAGCCUGAUUUCACAGAUCCAGUUGUUCUUUCUACUGAUAGAGGUGGUUGCACAGUCGAGGACUUCUGCAAUCAUAUCCAUAGAAGUUUGCUCAAGGAUGUGAAGUAUGUGCUUGUAUGGGGAAUCAGCGCAAGGCACUAUCCACAGCAUUGUGGCCUCAGCCACGGUGUUCAAGACGAGGAUGUCAUUCAGAUAGUAAAGAAGAAGGAAGAGAAUGGAGCCGUCUCUUCGCGAGACGACGGCAAGCGCUCUUUCCGUGCAGCUGCGAUCGAGCGUGAGCCGACGACGCGGAUCAGCUCCGCCCAAGCCCUCCUCGCCGCGCUCCCCUCUCCCUCCAACCCGACCCCGCGCCUCCGCCGCGCGGUCCUCCUCCGCCAGCUCGCCGCCGACCCGGUCUCCGCAUCCUCUCUCGAAAACCUCCACCUCCUGGCCUCGCUCCCCGCCUCCCCCUCCGCCGCCGCCGCCCACAUCGCCGUCGCGGCAUUCCUCGCGGCCUCCGCACCCGACUUCGAUUCCACCGCCAGGGAGCUCUUCGCGCGCCGCGCGGUCGACGAGGGAGGUCCCCCCGCGCUCACCUCCGAUGUUGUCAUCGCCACAGCGGACCAGUUCGAGGCCGCCGUCGGGAACUCCUCCUCCCAGACCAUCCUCAGGGGCCUGUGGGGCAACCGGGCCGCGGUGGAGGAGCGGGUCAGGGACCUCCUCGCCGCCGAAUGGGCCGCGAUUGGGCCGUCGAAGCUCGUGACGGCGGCUGAGCGGAUCGUCGGGGAUGGGGCCGUCGAGACAUGGCGUGCCGCGGAUGAGGCCACCCGUGCCAAGUUCCGCAUCUUGGCUGGGGAAGAAAAAACACGUGCAAUUCUCGGUAAACUUGAACCUACCUCCAGCGCAAAUCCAAUUUCAACACCAGCUGUUGAGAAGGCGAUUGACGCGCUCAAAACAAGCUGUGCUGACCUCCACAGUGUUGUGGAGGAUCCGCUUCCAGCUGCGAAGGCAGUUGCAGAUGAGGUAUUGGCUGCAAGGAUGGAUAAAGGAGUUAGCUUGAAUGCUGAAGAAGUAGGAGGUCAGCCAACAACUUGUGGUGCUGCAGGCCCGAGUACUCUUAAUGAUAAAGACCAUGGUCCAAGUAGAGGCAAACCUCAUAACCUUAUGGAUCGGAACCCAACAGCACGGACCUCUCAGUGGGAGGAUUCACCUGAUGUUGAGGGGUCAGAAUCAUCAUUACGCAGACCGCACUUGCCUAGCCCAAGGAGAAUGCCACCACCUCCUUUGCCACCUCCAGAAAACAAAAGUGGACUUGAAGGAUAA